AUGACCCUUGUGUUCACAAAAUGUGACAAGCGCAAGAAGAAGAAGAACGGCGGCAGGAGACCCGAAGAAAACGUGGAAACUUUCCAGAGCCUAAUCCGUGAAUACUUCGAGGCUGCGCCUCCUUGGAUCAUGACGAGCAGCGUGACCAACCAGGGCCGCGAUGAGAUACUCCUGCACAUGUCUCAGCUUAGGAAUUAUUGGCUCAAGCAUUGA